AUGGAAAUUGUGAAAGAAAAUAUCUCAAUAACAAUGCCAAGUGAAAAUGCCGAUUUAAGAUGUAUAGUUUUACAACAAAGUUUUACCGGUAAUAGACAAUUGAAAGUAACUUCGAUACCAAAGUUAUUACCACCAGCUGAGAAUGAAGUACUCAUUAACGUCAAAGCAUGCGGAGUAAAUUUUCUUGAUGUCCUAGCCCGAUACGGUGUAUAUGAAGAUACAUCAAAACCGCCAUUUGUGCCAGGUUAGUAUAAGUUUAACGAAAUCUAGUGAGUACAAUUGGAGCUUUAAGACAUAAUAUUUAGGAUAAUUAACAAUAAUGGGAUUAUAUUUAGUAAUUUUACAACCGCCUUCUUAGUUACUAGAGACUCAGACAGAAUUCAUUUCUGAAAGAAUCAAAGAAGAUACCACGACCGG